CUGCUCCUUCCUUCCGCUUUCCGUUGCUUUCACUGAGCUUGAAGCCCACUCGAACGACGAAGCCGUUCAGUGAAGGAAAACAAAAGGACGAGAUGUCGAGCGCGGGUCGGCUGUCGGGGGCGUGCCUCAAAUGCUUGCUGGUGACCUUCGCCGUCACCUCGGCGCUGUGCGUCUCCGGCCCCGCCCUCUACUGGCGCUUCAAGAAAGGCUUCGCCACCGCCCGAUCUCUCUCUACCUCCUCCACCCUUCCCGGAUGCGCCCCUUGCAUCUGCGAUUGCCCGCCGCCGCUCUCUCUCGACGCCGUCGCACCUGGAUUGUUGAACCUCUCUGUGACAGAUUGUGGGAAAAAUGAUCCUGAGCUCAGCAAGGAGAUGGAGAAGCAGUUUGUGGAUCUCCUCACAGAGGAAGUGAAGCUACAAGAGGCUGUUGCUGAGGAGCAUGCUCAUCACAUGAAUGCAAGCCUUCUCGACGCCAAGAAAUCAGCGUCUCAGUACCAGAAAGAGGCUCAGAAGUGCAUUGCGGCAACUGAGAUAUGUGAGGAGGCUAGAGAACGAGCUGAGGCAUCCCUGAGGAAGGAAAAGAAGAUAACAGCUCUUUGGGAACGACGAGCCCGUCAACUAGGGUGGCAAGCUGCAUGAGCCAAGUUUUCAGUAACUGCUCCAGAACAUCGCUCAGUGACAAUAAACUGCAUAAAGCGGACUAUUUAGAAUCAAAAUAUCAACAUUUGCAAAAUGUAGAGUUCAAUCAGAUUCAGUUAACUAACAUGAAGACUUGUUAUUUAUUGUGUACUUGAUUAGUUAUUAGUUGGAUUUGGACGUGUGUUAUCUUUA